AAUGCUGGGACAGUGUCUACCCAAGUUCACAACGUGGAAGGAUAUGUGGGAGAAACUGCAGAAAGCUCAAGACGAGGAGGAAAAAAAGCAAAUGAUGGAGAAGAUGAAAGACAUGUGCCCAGAACUGGACAAAGAUUUUUCGCAAGACAAACCUUAUGAGAUGGAAGAAAUGAAGGAAAAAAUGGAAGAGAAAAUGACCGAGAUGCAAGAAUGGAUGAAGAAUGAAAUGGAGAAGAAGAAGGAAGAAGCAGAAAAGAAGGAGAUGGAAGAAAAGCAAAAGAAAGAGAUGAAUAAGUACUUUAUGACGAUGUUAAUGAAGAAGAUGCUGGGCGAAAAGAUGGAUGACAUGGGUGACAAAAAGGACGGAGAGGAUGAAGGACAGAAAAAAGACUGUGCCCAUGAGAUGAUGGAGAUGAUGAUGAAGAUGAAAGCAGGAAUGGAUCUGAUGAAGGGCAGUUGGGAGGAUACCGAGAAGGAGUUAGGGCCUUGCAUGAUGGCCGUAUCCGCUCACCUGAAGAAACUGCACGAGGAGUACGUGGCGAAGAAGAAGAUGGAAUAUAUGAAGGAACAAUUUGAGGAGUACAUGAAGGAAAAGAUGCACGAGUUUGUAAAACACAUGAUGAUGCAGAAGAUGGCUAAUUAUCUGGGUGUUGAGAAAUGCGGAGCGGAGGAGGGCGAGGAAGAUCCUUGUGCUGACCCUCAGAAAGUCAGGAUGAUGCUGUGGAAAAAAUAUGUCACGAUGAAGGGGAUGAAACAGGGUAUGGGAGAAGAUAAGAAAGACGAUGCCAAGACAAUGUACAUGAUGAAAGAGAAGAUGAUGGAGGACAAGAAGAAACAAAUGAAAGAGAUCUUUUUCUUUAAGUCCGUUAUGUCAAUGAUGAAAGAAAAAAUGGAGGACAAAAAGGAAGACAAAGAAGGUGACACCCUGCCGGCACUCAAGGAAUUUGUCCAGAAGGACCCGAGGUGGAAGAGGUUCUGUGAUGAUCUUUAAGAUACCUUUGUUCAAAGAUCUACUUCUAGAAACAUAUCAACACAAAUCAGAGCUCAUUUCCUUCUUAUUAAUGUCUUUUUCAUUUUAAAAUGUAGUUUAAAGUAUUAUAGAUUCGAAUUGUGGCUAAUCCUAAUACUGUUUAUAAAUAAUGCCUUUUGGGGGGGGGAGGGGAGCAGGAAACUGGGAUUGAGAGUGGAUACGUCUUGUUACAUAUCCCAGAAUGCAUCUCAAUAUAAAGUUUGUGCGGCCGGUAAUAGAUUCUGGUGAGCAAUAUUUUAAGCAAUCGCCCGCAUUCGCAUUUAGAGUCCCUCGAACUGAUAUUGGCGUUAUCUCCAACAUAACGACCUGUAAAACAAAAAUAAUUUGUUUAAAAUAAUAAUUAAUUUGGACAAAAUAAUUUGGGCAAAACUCGAAACAGUUUUUAUUUAAAUAACAAUAAAGUGUAAAACUUAAUUAA